UUUGCCGUUUUCUCUUUCUUCCCCCAAAGCCAAGCGAAACACAGCACAAAAACCCUUGUUAUUCCCGCUUUGUUUCUCUCUGUGUAAUAUCUGUCUCUAUCUUCACUGUUAUCUAUGUCGAUAGAGAGAGAGAGGUAGGUAAAGUAUUACCAAAUCCUUAUUAGGGUUUAGUUUUACUAGGGUUUAUCACUCUCUGUGAAACUUAAAGAGCAGAAGGGUGACUGUGUGAAAUGCGCCAGAGGGAUGCAGAAACUGUUAAGCAGAAACCCAUCGUUACCGCCUCCAGUCCUAUCCCUUAAUCCCCUUCUUUCUUUCCCUCUUUCUCUCAAAAACCCACUUCCUCUCAGCCCUACAAUGACUUCUUCCGCCCUCCACCGCCUUCACCAUCCCUCUUUCGGUAAACCCUUUUCGGGUUUUCGGAAUAUGUCUACCGAUUUCUCUGUUAAAGCAGUUCUUCCUCGGGUUAAUAAUUGCCGUAUUUGUAGAUGCUCACUUGAUACUGCGCCCGUCAGGGCUUGGGUUGUUCUCAAGCAGAGUAGGACUAGUACUGCCUGGUUCGGCACCCUGGCUUCGGCUUCUGGUUCAGAUAAGGGUGUUCCCGUGACUUCUGGUGAGGAGGACAAGGCUUCGGAAAGUGGGGUUGAGGAUAAUGAGGAGAAUGUGAGUGCCUCGGAGGAGAGGCCUAGGUUGCAUAGGAGGCAGAGGGGUGGUGGUGGGGAAGGAGGGGUUAUUGCUAGUCCAGAUUUGCUAACAAUACCGGGUGUUGGGCCAAGGAAUUUGAGGAAGUUGGUGCAGAAGGGUUUUAUGGGUGUUGAUCAACUGAAACAGCUCUACAUAGAUAAGUUUUUUGGAAAAUCCAACGAGAAGAUGGUUGAGUUCUUGCAAAGUUCAGUUGGAAUCAUUCACAGAAACCAUGCUGAGAGUAUCACCACAUUUAUCAGAAAGAGUGUGGAUGAAGAGUUGAAGGAGAAGAACUCAGAUUCCAAUGUGAAGUCAGCACAAAAGAAACGACUUACUUUCUGUGUUGAGGGAAAUAUUAGUGUUGGAAAAACAACCUUUCUGCAGAGAAUAGCUAAUGAGACACUUGAAUUGCAAGAUCUUGUUGAAAUAGUUCCUGAACCUAUUGCCAAGUGGCAGGAUAUUGGGCCAGAUCACUUUAACAUAUUAGAUGCAUUCUAUGCGGAACCACAAAGAUAUGCUUACACAUUUCAGAACUAUGUUUUUGUAACGAGAGUUAUGCAGGAGAGAGAAUCAUCUGGUGGUAUCAGGCCCCUCAGGUUGAUGGAGAGAAGUGUGUUCAGCGACAGGAUGGUCUUUGUGAGAGCUGUUCAUGAAGCAAACUGGAUGAAUGAGAUGGAGAUCAGCAUUUAUGACUCAUGGUUUGACCCGGUUGUUUCGACUUUGCCUGGACUAAUUCCCGAUGGUUUUAUUUAUCUUAGAGCGAGCCCUGAUACAUGUCACAAGAGAAUGAUGUUGCGUAAGAGAGCAGAGGAAGGUGGAGUUUCCUUGGAAUAUCUGCGAGGUUUGCAUGAGAAGCAUGAAAGCUGGCUUUUCCCAUUUGAAAGUGGAAAUCAUGGGGUAUUAUCUGUUAGCGAGCUACCCCUAAACUUUGACAAAUCUGUACCCCCAGAAAUAAGGGAUCGUGUUUUUUAUCUGGAGGGCAAUCACAUGCACCCAAGUAUUCAAAAGGUUCCUGCAUUGGUUCUUGACUGCGAGCCUAACAUCGACUUUAACAGAGAUAUUGAAGCAAAGAGGCAGUAUGCUCGUCAAGUUGCUGAUUUUUUUGAAUUCGUAAAGAAGAAGAAAGAAGUUACGCCAGGAGCUGGAGAAGAGCUGCCUAAGGGCAAUCAAGCACCGAUUAUGCUGCCUCAAAAUGGAGGUUUGUGGGUACCUGACGGCAAGUUCUCGGAAUCAGCACUGAGUUUGGAUUUCAGACGAAAUAUGUCAUUCAUGUCUCACUAGUGCAUGUUGCUCAUCCUUGCCGUAUCUAGAACUUCUAGGAAGCUGUGUUUAUUUUCUCCAUGUAAAAAUGUGUUUUGACAACUCAAAGCUUUUAGCCUGCAGUGCUGUAGGAGUAGGUUGUAUGUGGAUGUUGGUAGUAUGCUGAUUAGUGAAAGCUUUGUUCUUCAUCUGAA